AGUCGCGCAAGAGGUCUUGCGACCGUCAUAAGCCUCCUCUAUUAUCCGCAGAGAAGCUCGCGUCUGCGCUCGCGCCUGCUCGCGACGGCUCGCAGAGCGAGAUCAAAGUGGAACACUUUUGGGUAGAUGGUUAGGAGCUGAUCACCCUAAUUGGGAGAAAGGAGUGGAACAUUUGUCAUGAAAAAAUAUCUGUACCUAAAAAGGUGUGAUAGUCAUCGCCGGACUAAAUGACAAAGGAAAAUAUGUCUUUUCCCGCGACAAAUGCGGAGGACACGGGUCAAGAGGGGCCGAUUCGCUGUAUCUUUUUCUCCGAAUUUCACCCGACAGCUGGUCCAAAAAUUACUUGUCAGGUACCUGAUAAUUUCAUAUCGAAAGACAUUUUCGACAAUGUCAGCGUCUACAUCAUACCGAAGGCUCAGCUUCAGAGGAGUACAAUCACAGUAACACUGAAGGACUACAAGAUUUUGGGAUUUCCAGUCAAAAUCGACAACAAAAAGUACGCGAGAAAUGCAUUCUAUUUUAACCUCUGUUUCGUCUGCGAUGCGGAAGCGAGAACCGUUCACUAUGAGCCGGUUGUUAAGAAGAUGUCAGAUUUCUUGAUGGCAUUAGAGAUCGAGAACUGCUUUUUGUCUGCCUCGGAGGACAAGACCAGGCUCUCAGAAAUGUUGAGGCAAGUCUUGCAUGAUCUAAAUAUGCACAAAAUGUGUACUCUAACAGAGGGAACUAUGACAUCUCAUUUAAAAGUUGUGAGGUUAGCUCCCGAGCCAAAGCCAGUUCACGAUCAUCAAGUGCCAAUAUUCCUAGAAGGCCGGGAAGCAUUUCACAGCGAUCAGUGGGAUCUGACUACCCAGCAAGUUUUGCCUUACAUAGACGGCUUUAACCACGUAGCUCGCAUAGCAGCAGAAGCAGACGUGGAGAACAAUCUUGUUAAAAGCUGUGUACAAAACCUUGUAUAUUAUGGAGUAGUUACACUUAUUCCAAUAUUCCAGUACAGUAACGUCUACUCAACAACUCCCAAAUUGAAGGAACUUGCCGAAGAUGUAAAUUUACAACAGCGAUGCAUUGGGUACACUUCGAAAUCACCUAGACAACCAGCCUACCUGAGGGACAUCUACAGAAUGUAUGCAAGCAUGACUUACGGAAGCAGUAUGAGGGAUCUGUGCCAGAGGCUCAGCCCCCAGAAUCUGAGGAUCAAUGAAAGGAGGCUUGUGCAGUUUGGACUGAUCGAGGGACUCAUUCGUAGGGUAUACAAGUAUCCUAUCCUUUUGCCGGGUGGCUCGAGCGACGAGGGCCGCAGCAAUCCUAUAUACAAGUACUUCACCGGCUCGUUCAGCCUCGACGAGAUCUGCUGCAGCACCGGCCAGUCCGCGGCUCAGAUCGAGGAGAUCGUCGAGCGGGACCCAAGCGUCGUUAUGUUGUGGAAGUGAUGGACCAAACGAUCACAGGUUCAGGCAAGGAUCUCAAGACGGAGAGAUAUGCCAUUCCAGGGAUGAUCCGAGCCUCCGUCGACUGUCAACUGGCUCUACACGCUAAAGGGAACGUAAGCAGACACGGAGUAUCGCCUCCCCUUUAUCGCCUGUUUGUUCGAUACAAAUCGGGCAACGAGACUUUGCCAUGCAGCAGCAGCAGCAGCAGCAUCGAUCGCCCGUCGAGCUGGACGGCUGUGAUUCUUUUUUAUUUUUCAAAGAUGCCAGCUUAAUGAGGGUAUUUCCCUAUUUUAAUCUUAAUUGAAUCGCGAAACUGCGCUCUUCCGCUUUAGCUAUGAGAGAUGUUUUCCGAACGAGAUAACCGAACGUAUCCGCUGUUAUUGUCCGAGCGGGCUAUUAUCUUAUGAUUCGCGGCGGGAAAACAAAAGCUUUUACGUCUAAUAAAAAGUUGCUCGCCGUCGUAAACAGGAUUCGCGCAGAAGUUACUUUUGCCGAGUUAUAAGCGCCGCAAAAAGUCCGUGCUUUUGAGUUGUCGGCUAAAAGGAGAAUGGGCUUCCUAUAUCUCGUUAGCCUGCUCUUUGAUUCUGUCUCUACAAAUUCGUAAAAUCGCGUAUUUUCUCCGCUUUUGCCUACAAACAUAUACAAUAUGAUUUCCACAAGCGUGACGAAUUUCGUUGCGAACCAUAAACGCAAUAAGUACAUGCCUCAUCGAGAAGCGACUGUGCACUGUAAUUUUUGUAAAUAUCCGACCGUUCAAUAAAAUCCAAGAAUCUUU